AUGGCGAUGAUUCUUGCCGAGCGGAAAGUGAGUGGAUGGAUUCAGGAUCGACACGGUCCCAACCGCGUUGGACCUUGGGGCAUUUUGCAGCCGAUUGCCGAUGGCGUAAAAUUUCUGUUAAAAGAGGAUCUGAUUCCAGACCACGUGGAUAAACCGAUCUACCUACUCGCACCUGCAAUUAUUUUGGUGCCAGCCCUAGUUACCUGCGGGGUUGUCCCCUUUGGUAGUUCAAUAACGAUCUCAGGCUACGAAAUCCCUCUGCAAAUUGCCGAUAUUAAUAUCGGGGUUCUGUAUAUUCUGGCAAUCACCUCUUUGGGGGUUUAUGGUGUCGUGCUUGGUGCGUGGGCAUCAAACAACAAGUAUUCGCUGCUCGGUGGCUUGCGCUCCUCCGCACAGAUGAUUAGCUAUGAGUUGACGUUGGGGCUUUCGCUUAUAGGCGUUCUUAUGCUUUCAAGCUCAUUAAGCCUCCGGGAGAUCGCAAUUCAACAAGGGAGUUAUCCUUGGACUUGGAAUUUCCUCAUCCAUUUUCCCGCCUUUUUAGCCUUUACCACCGCCGCCUUUGCAGAGACCAAUCGUCUCCCCUUCGAUCUCGCCGAAGCGGAACAGGAACUUGUCGGUGGAUACCAUACGGAAUAUAGCAGCAUGAAAUUUGCGAUGUACUUUAUGGCGGAGUACCUGCACAUGAUUGUCGGCUCGGCGGUAGCUGUUACGCUAUUUUUGGGUGGUUGGCAUUUCUUCGGAUUAGAAACAGUUGGCGGUCCCUUCUGGAGUGGCGUGAUUUCAUUCGGAAUCUUCUUCGCCAAAACAGCAUUUUUCCUCUUUGUCUUUAUCUGGGUUAGAUGGACCCUGCCCCGAUUCCGGUAUGAUCAACUCAUGAAUCUCGGCUGGAAAUUUCUACUGCCCAUUGCAAUUACAACAAUUGUUGUGACAGCGACGGUUUGGGCAUUCACACAAUCGAAGCUCCUUGUGGGCAUACUAAAUGUUGUCGCCGCCUUUAUCGUUGUUGCAAUCGUAGCAACUACAUUGGUAAUGACGCGGGAACCUGAGCCGGUUGAUGAUAGAGAUAUACUCAGUUUUACCGACGAAUCUUCAUCUUAA